ACUCCAACACGUCGUGUAGUCUCUUUUAACUGUCGGACGUGUUAGUACAUUUAUAUACAUAUAUAUUAUAUAUUUUUUCAUAUAUUUCCAAUAUAAAUUUCAGAUUUUGGAAAAUGAACAAUUCAUCUUGAUUUUUUCAUAAAGGGACUCGGACAAUUUUUGAAAAAAAAAAAACUAUGACUCAAUAUCAACAGGUUUCAGUGGAUCUGCUAAACAUGGUGUUUACUGCCUGCACAUAUUUGGCACUAGCAGGGGUAGCAUGGAUUUUUUUGAGGCUUCUUCAGGCUUGCUUUUGGCUUCCUAAACAUCUGAAAAAACAAAAUAAUGUUCAACAAAUGCUCCAAGACAAAGUGGAUAGUUAUGAAAAAUAUGUCAUGGAGUGUGAGGAAAAGGAGAAAUUAAUGGGCACCGAGGGUAAUGUGGAAAAAUCGUGUGAAAAAUCAUCUGAAAAUCCCGAUGGAAAUUCAAAUCAAGAGAAUCCUGAAGGUGAGAAACUCGAUGAGAAAACAAUGGCCGAAAGAUGGAAGGAGAGACGAGAGUGUCUUGAAAUGUUGAAACGUGAAUUGAAAAGGGUUCAAGAAGGUGGCGAUCCUUAUGAUUGGGAUCAUUUGCUCGAUGACACUGAUGAUGAGGAGAAAAAAGAAACAAACAACACUGAAACGAAAAACGAUGAAGAAGCAAGUAUUGAAAAUUUAAAAAAAGAUGAAGAAAUUCUCCCUGUUGAGGAGAAGAAAGAAAAAUAGAAAAAAAAGUAACAAAGGUCUGUAAACUUCUGUGAUUUUAAUUCUAUUUUGAAACAAGCAGAAAAUUGCGAUAAAAUUAUCCAGAAGUUGAAAUUUAAUCAAAAAAUUAAAUUUACCAAAAAGAAAGAGAAAUGAAAAAUAUUUCUCACAGUGCCUAAGUCUUGCGAUUUUAAUUUUUUUUUUUAAUUAUCUUGAAAAUAAUUUGAAAAACAAAUUUUUUCACUUUAUUGAAGAAAUUUAAUAUUUCUUUCAACUAUUAUAAAGCAAACAGUGAUAAAAACAAAAAGUACAAAAGUUCAAGUAUUGUAAAAUAUAUAGUAUCUCUUUACAUUUAAACAACGAAUUCAAUCAACAAAAAUUAAUUAACGAAUUCGAUGACAUAACUUAACAUUCAAAUUGUUUUUUCUUUUAAUUUUUAAAAUUAAUCUAAAGGCUCAUAAAAUAUUUUUUAAUUUUUUAACGUAAAAUCUUUAUCAUUAGUAUUUAAAGGAUUAAAAUUAAAAUCAAAAGCUAAUUAGCUUAGAAAUUAAAUAUAAUUUAUUUUUAAUUUAUUAGCAAAACAAUCUAUAAAUAAUUUAUAAUAAUAAUUAAUAAAUAAAUAAUUAUUUAUUAGUUAUUGAUUAUUAUUGGCAACUUAUUAUUAGAUAAAUAUUAAUUUUUAGCAACUUAAUAAAUAAUUAUUAAUAUUAAUGAUGGAAAAUUUUUCUAAGCACAGAUUUUUCUGCCAAUAUAUGUAACAAAUUAAUAUUAGAUAUAUUUAAUUCGAAUAUGUUAUGUGGAGAAAUUAAUUUUCGAAUCUUGGAGUUCAAUGCGCAUUUCACUACAAGUGCCUUUCCACAUAUAAUAAUUAUUUAAAUGAGAAACAAAAAUAAUAAUAAUAAUAAUAAGUGCACCUUGUGAAAUAUUAUGGGUGUUCUUUUAAGCACGUGAUAUGAAUAGAUUUUAGAUGAGCCUAAAAAAAAAAAGUAUUAAUUGAAAGUAUACGUUUGUACAGUAAACAAUCAUUACGAUAGUCUUCAAUUGGAAAAAAAAAGAAAUCAAUUUAACGUCUUCGGUUAAUACUCUAUUUUUAUAGAAAAAUUAUCAUCUUCAGAAUUUUUAUUGUAAAACGUUAUUUGCAGCAGUGCUGCAUUCAUAUAGAAUUUGUAGAUUUAACUACAUACAUAGAAACAUUUUAUUUAUGACAGAUAUAUUUAUUUCUUCAUAGCAGAUAAAUUUAUUUAUUAAAACAAAUAUAAAUAUAUUUAUGUCCUUAGAAUUUAUUCAUAAUAAUAAUAAUAUUCUUAUUGUAAUCAUUGAAAUAUGAGACAAAAUUUUAAAUUUAUUCCCAAAACAAUUUUUCUUAUUGAA